UGUUUUUGCCUGACAUAUAGAGGUGGAUGAAGUAUUCAAUUUUUUUUUUAAAUUAAAUAAUUAUGUGGAAAAAGUACAGAAGGAUAAGCAAAAAAUGUAGUUCUGCACUUAACUGUUGACACAUAUAAGCACCUAUAAAGCUUAAUAUCAGCCUCAGAAAUAUAAAGAAAGGUGAUAAAAGAAGGCAUUAAAAGAAUGCACACAUAAGUCAAAGUAAUUAAGUUACUUAUUCUGUUGCUAGUGAUGUAAAAUAACUGAAAUCACAUUGAUGUUCCUCAUAGACACUAAAAUAAGACCUGCUUUUUUCCUAUCACCCCCAGUAAGACCAGAGUUGUUUGUGUUUGUCGAUCGGGGACAGAAGGGAAGCUGAGGGGAUAGGGUGGAGAGACAGGGGGACAAAUAAAGAACUAUGUGAAAAUGGGGCCAUUUGGCUGCACGUGUGAAGUCCCACACACCUAUUUAACCGAGCAGGUCUGCAGCACUCUGGACUCUUACAGCAGAAGACAGCGCAAGGAGAGGUACUGUCCGGAGAAACAAGAGAAAAGUUUAAGAAGAAGGCCCCACCUGAGUUCAGGAGCAUCUGAGCAGAGACGGGACCAGAAGGAGCUGGAGAGUGAAAUGUUACAUUGCCGCAGCAGGUGAAGAGGACGAGUGAAAGGACAAUCACAGACAAGGAGAAUGCUGAGUGUGGACAUGUAUCCCGGUUUGACUCUGGGGCCUCAAAGGAUUGGAGACUGCUUUUACAGAGAGCGGGAAGGUCCUCAACACCUCCCGUUGUUCCCUACUGCCUGUGACGCUGUAGCUAAAGCUUUGGCCCCAAGGCUGCUGGGGCCUCCUCCUGUGGUACCCGCUGAGUCUGGCUCCAAACUUCAAAAAGAUGACGUGAGGAUGGAGCUGGAGAAUGCGUCUUUAUGGAAACAGUUCAGCUCAGUGGGCACGGAGAUGAUCAUCACAAAGAAGGGCAGGCGGAUGUUUCCUGGUUUGAGGUUGAAGCUUUCAGGCCUGAACCCAUCUCUCCGUUACAUCGUCCUCCUGGACAUCGUUCCGGUGGACAACUCCCGCUAUCGCUUCCAAGGAGGCGGCUGGCAGGCUGUCGGCGGGGCCGAGGCCAGGCUACCAGACCGGGUGUUCAUCCACCCAGACUCACCUGCCACAGGAGCCCACUGGCAGAGCCGCACCAUCUCCUUUCACUACGCCAAGCUCACCAACAACACGCUGGACUCCCAGGGACAUGUAAGCACUGCAGGCCGGAUACCUCGGCGGGGAUGCGGUGUACAACCGUUGCGGCUAGUCUUUGGUUUUAGUGUGCACUUUGAUUCAAUAUUUUUCUUUUCUUUUCAGAUCAUCCUGCACUCUCUGCAUAAAUACCAGCCCAGAGUUCAUGUAAUUGAGGCCAGGGAUGUGUUAAGGUGGGGCGGAGGACAGCACUCCUUCGUUUUCCCUGAGACCCAGUUCAUCACGGUUACGGCCUACCAGAACAACAAGAUUACAGAACUGAAGAUCAACUCCAACCCCUUCGCUAAAGGCUUCCGAGAAGACGGCAUGAACAGCAAAAAACAAAGAGAUGCCAGACAGAAACGCAAAAUAGGCGUCAUCACAGAACCUCUGGAUAUUGUGAACUGUGAUCCGUGCGACUCCACUGAGCUCCUGCCUCAGCCCACGGCCGACAGCGCAGACCUGCAGGCCCUGGCUCUGGCCCCUCUGCCUGCACUGCCAGAUCUGUCCCGUGGGUUCAGGCCAGAGGAGACCUCCUAUCGGGACACGCUGGUUCCGGAGCAGUCGCUGGAUCUCGGCCAGGCGUUUAUGGCAUCCCAGAUAUCGGAUAUCGGCAUCACGAUGUCCAGCGUGAUGCAAGACGCAGCAGGGAGUGAAGUGGCAAACAGCAUGAUUGAAAGAUCUGACACUCUGGCUGAACAAGCGUACACCUCCAGCUUCCCGCCUGCCCAACCCAACCCGUCCUCUUUUCCCUCGGCUCCUCUCCCUCAGUCAUCCUCUCUCUCUCCGGAUGCGCCCGACUCUCAGCCCUCCAUGCCUCCCAUCGACUAUCCCGCCCUCCUCUCCACAUCACCCACUCUCUCCACCACCUCCACCACCACCCCCUCACUACAGCAGACUACCUUCACCUUCCCCACUCCACCUCCAUCCAACUCCUCCUCUCCGCAGUCGCUCAUUUCGUCGUCCUCCUCCCCCUCCUCUGACGCCUAUCACGCCAUCCAAGGGACAAUCAGCCCCCACGCUCCGGCCGAUGCCUCCUUCCGGGCCCCAUCUUCCACGUGUCAGUCGGAUCUGCAGGGCCAAAUGUCCACUCAUUCUCUUCUCACUCAACCAGGCCAGCAGCUGCAGGGUGAACCUGUUACCAGCGGAAAUAAUUCACCCAGCGAUCAAGGCUCUGCAGCGUUCAUCUACCCAAACAUCCUGCCAACAAAUCCUGAUCCUGCUCAGUCUCUCCCCACUCAAAACCAACCUGCUCCCACUCCCACUCUGCCGUGCUCCCUGUCUGCUCACGGUGCCUCCUCAUCUUUUGCUUUCCACGCUGUGCCUCCACACAUGCAGAAUCUUUCCUUUCCGAACGUGUCCCCGAACCCAGCGCACCCUGCCCUGCACCUCCAAAACCUGAGCCACCACCAAGCUCAGGCUCCCUCCCUCGCUGCUGCCUUCCCCACCCCCUCAUUCGCGUCACCCUCCUUCCCUCACCCCUCUUUCCAGCCCUCCUCUUGCCUCGCGGUCCCCUCUUCCUUCCAGCAGUCUGUCGCCUCCGCUGCCUCCCUGCCGCCAGCUCACCCUCAAAACAUGCACAACAGCGCCUCCUCCUCCUCCAGCCCUUCGUACCCACAGGUCGAUAUCGGCCCCAUCCCUCAGUUCAAUCCGGCCCCCCCCUACCGCCCGGACGUGGUGCGGCACCACCCGUCCCUCCUCCCUCAGCUGGAUCCACCUCUGCCCUCCUCCAACCCUGCUCCCCCAGGCCUCUACCCCGCCUUCCCUUCCUACCCUAUCCGGCUGUGUCAAGACCCUCACUCGUCCCUCUCCAUCCCGUUCAGGCAUCUUUACAGACAACACCAGCAUGGCCACCCCCACCCUCACCCCCACCCCCAGGGGUCUUACCUGGACAUGAGCACGAGAGCAGUUUUUUAAAAUACGCAGCAUAUUGACAGAAUGUCUUGGUUUGAUAGCGCUUUUAUGAGGAAUUAGAAAUGUGUAGGCUUAGUCCAUGUAGCAGUGUAGUGUUCUAUGUGCGUGUGUUUUCUGAUGAUGAACAUAUA